CUCCCGCAAGCUGGAAGUUUGGGGCCAGGAGGCCUUUGCUCCAGGGGUCCUGGUAGUGUGGCCCUCUCAGGAAAGGUGAACUGGGGGAUCUUGUGUAAGGAGGCUUAGAAAUUCAAAUGCCUAAGCCUCCUCGAAAUGCCUUGGACUCUGGGACCCUAUAGUCCUGUGCUCCUGGGAUCCCCAAAUCAUCUCCCUUUCCUCCCUCUGCACACCACGGAGGCUACCCUCUGAGGGCCUGGCAUGGGUAAACCCCUGAGGCGCCAUCCCUUCCCCAAACGCCCUGAUCUUAGCCUUGUGCUGGUGGGAAUAGAUGAACUCUAUGGAAUGGCCUCCAAAGGGGCUGUAAGGCUACCUCAGAACCUGAUCCCUGGCAGCAGAUGGGAGACCCUGAUGGCUACCCAGAGCGUACUGGAAGCUGGUGAAGGCAAGGUCCCUGGACUGGUCAGACCCUGGUAGAGUCAAGAUGUGGCCCAGUCACACCCCUCAUUGAGGCCUGCAUACUGAGAAGAUAGCAUGACCUGCCACUGGAGGUGAACACCAUGGCUGCAGGAGGUGGCCGGGCCUUUGCUUGGCAGGUGUUCCCACCCAUGCCCACCUGUCGGGUAUAUGGCACAGUGGCAUAUCAGGAUGGGCAUCUGCUAGUGUUGGGAGGCUGUGGCCGGGCUGGACUGCCCCUGGACACUGCUGAGAAACUGGACAUGGCCUCCCACACAUGGCUGGCUCUGGCGCCCCUGCCCACUGCCCGGGCUGGUGCAGCUGCUGUGGUGCUGGGCAAGCAGGUGCUUGUAGUGGGUGGUGUGGAUGAGGGCCAAAGCCCAGUAGCUGCUGUGGAGGCCUUCCUGGCUGACGAGGGCCGCUGGGAGCGUCGGGCCACCCUCCCUCAGGCAGCCAUGGGGGUUGCAACUGUGGAGAGAGAUGGUAUGGUAUAUGCCCUGGGGGGAAUGGGCCCUGAUACGGCCCCCCAGGCCCAGGUACGGGUGUAUGAACCCCGCCGAGACUGCUGGCUUUCACUACCUUCCAUGCCCACACCCUGCUACGGGGCCUCCACCUUCCUGCAUGGGAACAAGAUCUAUGUCCUGGGGGGCCGCCAGGGCAAGCUCCCAGUGACUGCUUUUGAGGCCUUUGACCUGGAGGCCCGUACCUGGACCCGGCAUCCAAGCCUACCCAGCCGCCGGGCCUUCGCUGGCUGCGCCAUGGCCGAAGGCAGCGUCUUUAGCCUGGGUGGCCUGCAGCAGCCAGGGCCCCACAACUUCUAUUCCCGCCCACAUUUUGUCAACACUGUGGAGAUGUUUGACCUGGAGCAUGGGUCCUGGACCAAACUGCCCCGCAGUCUGCGCAUGAGGGAUAAGAGGGCCGACUUUGUGGUUGGCUCCCUUGGGGGCCACAUCGUGGCCAUUGGGGGCCUUGGAAACCAGCCGUGCCCUCUGGGCUCUGUGGAAGGCUUCAGCCUUGCACGGCGGCGCUGGGAGGCACUGCCUACCAUGCCCACAGCCCGCUGCUCCUGUUCUAGUCUGCAAGCUGGGCCCCGGCUGUUUGUCAUUGGGGGUGUGGCCCAGGGUCCCAGCCAAGCUGUGGAGGCACUGUGUCUUCGUGAUGGGGUCUGAAUGCCUAAUGGAACCUGUCUACCAGAGGCAGAUAUAUAUGCUUUUGCUGCUGACGAAGCUCACUGGCUCUCUGGGAUGAGGGAGGCACUGGGGUGGGCACUGGAAACACUGCCUUGGAGACUUGGGGGGCCUUUAUCUUUAGUGCAAGACACAUAUAUGCUUACACCCACUUACACCCAUUCAUUCAUGGACCAUGCCUAGCUCACCCUUGCUCUGGAACCUACUGAGCCCUCUGUCCAGCUGGGAAGUAGUAGGAGGGGAGAGCUGGCUUCCUGCCCCAUAGGGUCAGUGCCUAUCUGGAGAUGACCAGGUCUACCCCAAUGGUAUUUCAGGUUAGUCCUGAAAAAUCCCAGCUGUCAGCAGCCUACCUUGAAGGCCCCUGUGGACCCAGAAGAGUUCAGAGAGGGUAGAGGACACAAAGGCAUGGAUGCAGGAAUAUCAAGAAGGCCAGAGAAAUGUUGACCUUGGGCCCUUUAUAUUACUGGCUGUGUGACCUUGGGCAAGUCAUUUCACCUCUCUGUGCCUCAGCAUCCUCAUCUGUAAAUGGGGAUCUCUGAAACCUUCCUACCCUACCUACCUCACAGGGCUGUUGUGAGGACCCGGGGAGUUCCGAUGUGGAAGUAAAAGUGCUGCUAACAUCU